CAAAAUCAAUUUAAACUUUUGAGAAGAUGUUUAAGUUGAUAUCUGAGUUUCUACCUUAAAAAUCACUAAAACACCGGUACCGGUAUACUUGAAAACUUUCCUCAUACAUAUGGCAACACCAUUAGCAAUUUCAUGAAAGAGAAUAAGUUUGAUUGAGCAACAAUGGUGUACCAUAUUGUGGCUGUGCCAUACCCUGGCAGAGGCCAUGUGACUCCCAUGAUGAACCUCUGCAAAUCCUUAUUAAUUUCUUCAAGAAAUCACAUUCUCAUCACCUUUGUUGUGACACAAGAAUGGCAAACCUUAAUCAACAAGAACACCAAUCAUGCUCAUGCUGAUAGCAUUAGAAUCUGUACCAUUCCAAACGUUCUGCCAUCAGAGGAAGUUCGCGGCAACGACUUCCCAGGAUUCUAUGAAGCAGUGAUGACAAAGAUGGAAGAACCCUUUGAGGCAGUGAUUGAUGAGAUUAAUGGCAAUGUGAAUGUGGAUCUCAUCAUUGCUGACACUGAGCUUCUUUGGGCUCAUGCUGUUGCCACUCGUAGAUUGCUUCCUUUGGCUUUGCUUUGGACUGCUUCUGCUUCAGUCUUCUCCAUGUUUCUUCAUCAUCAACUCUUUCUGGAAAAUCACUCUUUCGAGAAUGGAGAAAAACGUGUAGAUUACAUCCCUGGCGUUUCCCCAUUAAGGAUAUCAGAUUUGCCUUCAAUUUUCCAUGACAAGAAUGGAAAAGUGUUGCAACUAUACUUGCAAUGCAUAUCAAAGGUCCAAUAUGCAAAAUACCUUCUUUUCAAUUCAAUCUAUGAGAUUGAACCAAAUGCAAUAGACACUCUAAAAUCCAAAUACUCUUUCCCACUCUACACAAUUGGGCCUUUAAUUCCAUUCUAUGAAGCAACCAACAAUGAACACAUCAAUUACAUGCAGUGGCUUGAUUCUCAUCCAAAAGGGUCUGUUCUAUACAUAUCCUUAGGAAGUUAUCUUUCAAUUUCAAAGGAGCAAAUGGAAGAACUUGUUGUUGGGUUAUGUGAUAGUGGUGUGAGAUUCUUGAUGGUGUACCGUGGACCAAACAAAACACUCUUAAGUCAAAAUAGUAACAGUGGUUUAUUUGUGCCUUGGUGUGACCAAUUGAGGGUGUUGUCACAUAACUCUAUAGGUGGUUUUUUGUCACAUUGUGGUUGGAAUUCAGUGUUGGAAGCUAUGUUUUGUGGUGUUCCUGUUCUAACAUUUCCAAUUUCUAUUGAUCAAGUUCCUAAUAGUAAGCAAAUUGUUGAGGAUUUGAAGGUUGGUGUUAAGAUGAAAGAAAGAUUAGGGACUAAUAACAAAGAAAAUGAUGUUGUGAUGAGAAAAGAAAUUGCUAGGAUUGUAAAAGGGUUUAUGGAUUUUGAGAGCAGGGGAGGGAGAGAGUUAAGGGAAAGAGCAAAUAAGGUUAGAGAAGUUUGUAGGAAUACAAUUGUGGAAGGUGGAUCUUCUGUGCAGAAUCUCAAUGCAUUUCUUGAAGACAUUUUGUAAAGCAAUUAAUGCAUCAAGUACCCAUGAACUUUGCAUUCAAUAAAUAAAUUAUGAUCUUAUAGAA